UUCAUCCCUACAAUUCCCAGCCUGCACCACAGUGGUUGGAGUUUGCGCAGUGUGUUCCUGUGUGAGCGAGCGGCGUGGAGUGAACGGUCUGGUCGUCACCAUGGAUCCGGCCUGGCGUCAGCAGGGUCGGGGUCGUGGCCGGGGUCAGCCACAGGGUCAAGGGUCGCGACCUCAGAGAGAGAGGGCAGCAGAAUCCCCUAACACUCCUAGUGGGAGGGGGAGAGGAGGAGAUGGGAAGGACCCACAUCUACAGCCUGUUAACAGAGGGAAGAACAUGGCAGCCCCUCCACAAAACACUGCGUCGAGCCAAUCCAAGUUUGAGGAGAUCAGGAAGUCCAACCAGGCUGCUGCUCAGCGAUUGGCUCAGAGCCAGUACAGCUCCUCCUCAGACGACGACGAUGAUGAUGAUGAUGGUGGGAAGGUCCAGGGGAAGGACGGUAAACGAGGGAAGAUUCUGGCCUCGGCGCUCACCACCUACACUGACCAGACUGGUAGUGAUGUAACAGACCUAGAGAGAACUCGUCAGUAUCUGAGUGAUGCGUUCCAGUCUGGUGCCAUCACCUGCCUCAUCUGUAUCGCCUCGGUCAAGAGAAACCAGGCUGUGUGGAGUUGUGCUGGUUGUUUCUGUCUGUUCCAUAUCCCCUGUAUUCAGAAGUGGGCGAAGGACUCCGUCUUUCUCCUCUCCUCUGCCACUGAUGAAGACUUUGGGAAGAAAGAACACCCCUGGCCUUGUCCUAAAUGUCGUUAUGAGUACCGCCCCUCCCAGACCCCCAGUAGGUAUGUCUGUUACUGUGGCAAGGUUCAGGACCCUCCUCUGGAUCCGUGGCUGUUACCGCACUCCUGUGGGCUGGUCUGUGAUAGGACCCUGAACCCGGCCUGUGGACACCACUGUCUGCUGCUCUGCCAUCCAGGUCCCUGCCCACCCUGUCCUAAGAUGGUAUCAGUCAGCUGCAUGUGUGCUAAGGCCCUUGCGCUGUCUGUUCAGCAACAGCCCUGGAGCUGUCAGAAGAGAUGCGGCUGGACUCUGCCGUGUAGACAGCACACCUGUAACAGCCGCUGUCACUCAGGUGUGUGUGAGCCGUGUCCGAGGGUCAGUGUCCAGAAGUGUGUGUGUGGACGGGAGGAGGCAGAGAGACAGUGUGCCAGCCCUGUGUGGCACUGCCAACAGCUCUGUGGUCUUCCUCUCUCCUGUGGUAAUCAUACAUGUGAGAGAACGUGUCAUUCAGGUCUGUGUGGGGCCUGUCCUCGAUCUGGCAACAGAGCCUGUCCCUGCGGCAAGUCAAAGUGUUCUCUCCCCUGUACUGAGGAUGUCCCUACCUGUGGUGACACCUGUGACAAGGUGAUGGAAUGUGGCUUACACACCUGUUCCAUGAGGUGCCAUAGAGGGGCCUGUGAAACCUGCAGACAGGAGGUAGAGAAACAGUGUCGUUGUGGGAAGUACACGCGUGUCAUGCCGUGUCACAAGGAGUACCUGUGUGAGUCUAAAUGUCCCAAAACCAGAGGCUGUUCACGGCAUCAGUGCAGGAGGAAGUGCUGCUCUGGUAACUGCCCACCAUGUGACCAGAGCUGUGGACGAUCGCUGGGCUGCCGAAACCACAAAUGUCCCUCCGUCUGCCACCAAGGUAGCUGCUACCCCUGUCCAGAGACUGUGGAGGUAAAGUGUGUGUGUGGCUCCACCUCUCUGACGGUUCCCUGUGGGAGGGAGAGGAGUACCAAGCCGCCACGCUGUAGAGAACUGUGCAGGUCUCCCCCAUCCUGCCACCACCCCAGCAGAGAGACCCAUCGCUGCCAUCCUGGUCCCUGCCCUCCCUGUCACCAGGCCUGUCUGCUGACUCUGCCACGAUGCCAACACCUCUGUCCCCAACCCUGCCAUGACCAAGUUAUGGUGAAGACCAGCGACAGGGUCCUAGCAGGUCCAUGGGAGCAGUCGUCAGAACCAGCGUUUGUCCGUAAAGCUCUCCCCUGCCCACCCUGUGUGGUCCCUAUACCCACGGCCUGUCUUGGAGAGCAUGAGGUAAUGAAACUUACUUUCCACAUCUCUCACUGUCUCUCUCCCUCUCCCCUCACUGUCUCUCUCCCUCUCCCCUCACGCAGUCCCAGACCCAGGCAGCCCCAGACCCAGGCAGCCCCAGACCCAGGCAGUCCCAGACGCAGGCAGUCCCAGACGCAGGCAGUCCCAGACGCAGGCAGUCCCAGACGCAGGCAGUCCCAGACGCAGGCAGUCCCAGACGCAGGCAGUCCCAGACGCAGGCAGUCCCAG